UAUAACCAUUUUAACGGCAACUACUCUACUUCUAGACUCUACAUCUCAUUCUCUCAGUUCACAUAAAGAGUGAGAGAAAACAUAAAGAUUAAUCAAGGAAAGAAGCUGUUUGUACAAGUUGUUGGCGAAAACCCAGAUGGAAUUCAGCUCUUUUUUGACGUCCUUGGGCACAUCUUUUAUACUAUUCAUACUUCUGAUGCUGCUGUUUGCUUGGCUUUCCGCAAAGCCAGGGAACGCCGUGGUGUACUAUCCCAAUCGGAUCUUAAAAGGUUUGGAACCGUGUGAAGGCGGUUCAAGGACUCGGAACCCUUUCUCUUGGAUAAGGGAAGCCUUGUCUUCUACCGAACAAGAUGUUAUCAACAUGUCCGGUGUUGACACCGCCGUCUACUUCGUCUUCUUGAGCACAGUGCUAGGAGUAUUGGUUUUGUCUGGAAUUGUACUGCUUCCAGUUCUUCUACCCAUUGCUGCAACUGAUGAUGGUUUAAGGAAGAACGGAAAUACUACAACAAGCAAAGGGACUUUCAAUGACCUUGACAAGUUGUCGAUGGCCAAUAUUGAAGAAAAGAGUCCAAAGUUGUGGGCUUUUUUGAUAGCUGUGUACUGGGUUUCUGUUGUUACCUAUGUCCUUUCAUGGAAGGCUUAUAAACAUGUUUCUGCACUAAGAGCUAAUGCAUUAAUGUCUUCUGAAGUGAGACCUGAGCAAUUUGCUGUUCUUGUUCAAGACUUGCCGGAUGUCGCUCCAGGUCGAACUCGAAAGGAUCAGGUCGAUUCAUAUUUUAAAUCGAUCUAUCCUGAUACAUUCUACAGAUCACUUGUGGUUACAAACAACAAGAAGGUUGACAAAAUAUGGGGAGAAUUGGAAGGAUACAGAAAGAAGCUUGCACGAGCUGAAGCGAUAUACGAAGGCAGCUCGACGAGACCGACCAACAAAACCGGCUUCCUUGGCCUUUGUGGUAAACAGGUUGACAGUAUUGAGUACUAUAAUGAAAAGAUCAAAGAGCUGACACAAAAAUUGGAAGCUGAACAAAAGGUGACCCUGCGAGAAAAGCAGCUCGGAUCUGCUUUGGUUUUCUUUACCGACAGGGUAACUGCAGCCUUGGCUGCUCAGAGCCUACAUGCUCAAAUGGUUGAUAAAUGGACGGUAAAGGAAGCUCCCGAACCGCGACAACUUAUAUGGAGCAAUCUGACUAUCAAGUUCUUCGAGAGGAUAGUUCGACAAUAUAUCGUUUACGUCGUUGUGUUUUUGACUAUAGUUUUUUAUAUAAUUCCGAUUGGUUUCAUAUCUGCAAUCACAACCCUUGAGAAUCUGAGAAAACUUUUUCCAUUCUUAAAGCCAAUUGUUGAUCGGGUCGAAAUUAAGACAGUGUUGGAGGCAUAUCUUCCUCAGCUUGCACUCAUCAUAUUUUUAGCUUUACUGCCUAUGUUCCUUUUGUUUCUAUCCAAGAUGGAGGGAAUUCCAUCCGGCAGCCAUGUAAUAAGGGCGGCGUCCGGAAAAUAUUUUUAUUUUAGUGUGUUGAAUGUUUUCAUUGGUGUUACUAUUGGUGGAACUUUGUUUAGGACAAUGAAGAGCAUUGAGAAAGAUCCUAACUCUCUUGUUCCUUUGCUGGCUAAAAGCCUCCCUGUCAAUGCAACUUUCUUCCUCACAUUUGUGGCUCUAAAGUUCUUCGUCGGUUAUGGACUCGAGCUCUCCCGAAUAGUUCCUCUAAUCAUAUAUCAUCUGAAGAGGAAAUAUCUUUGCAAGACGGAAGCAGAGAUUAGAGAAGCUUGGUUUCCUGGAGAUAUUAGCUAUGCCACUAGAGUUCCUAAUGACAUGCUUGUCAUCACCAUUGUUCUCUGCUACUCGGUUAUAGCUCCUGUGAUCAUCCCAUUCGGAGUGCUUUACUUCGCCUUGGGUUGGCUUGUUCUUCGGAAUCAGGCAAUCAAAGUUUACGUCCCGGCAUACGAGAGCUACGGAAGAAUGUGGCCUCACAUGCAUAACAGGAUCAUUGGCGCCCUGCUGUUAUACCAAGUUACAAUGGUGGGUUACUUUGGGGUGUCCCAAUUCUACUACACUCCCAUCCUGUUUCUGCUACCGAUAUCGUCUCUGAUCUUCUGCUAUGUCUGUCGAAAGAAGUUCUAUGACGCGUUUUGUCACACGGCUCUCGAAGUUGCCAGCCAAGAGUUGAAGCAAACUCCGAACAUGGAACAGAUAUUCAGAUCAUAUGUGCCGCCAAGCUUGAUUUCCGAGAAGCAAGACGAUGGACAGUUUGAAGAUGCUUUAUCUCAUUUUUCAAGAACAGCGUCAUCUGUUUGAUGUACAUUCUUUGUGUCGCAAAUCACAAGUAGUGAAACUUGAAAUUUGUGUUU